AUGUCUAAAAGUGUAGCCAAGAUUACUUUCUAUGAUGACAAGAACUUCCAAGGUCACCACUAUGAGUGUGACAGUGACUGUGCCGAUUUCCACACCUAUCUGAGUUGCUGCAACUCCAUCCGAGUGGCCGGCGGGGCCUGGGUGGUUUAUGAGAGGCCCAACUUUGCUGGGAACAUGUACAUCUUAACUCAGGGUGAAUACCCCGAUUACCACCACUGGAGGGGGCUCAAUGACCGUCUGAGCUCCUGCAAGGUCAUCCAUCUGUCAAGUGGAGGUCAGUAUAAGCUUCAGAUCUUUGAGAGGGGAGACUUCAGUGGCCAGAUGUAUGAGACCACAGAGGACUGCCCUUCCGUCAUGGAACAGUUCCACAUUCGUGAGGUCCAGUCCUGUAAGGUCCUGGAUGGGGUCUGGGUCUUCUAUGAGCAGCCCAACUACCACGGCAGGCAGUACUUCUUGGAUAAGAAGGAGUACCGGAAGCCUGUGGACUGGGGCUCCGCAUGUACAGCUGUCCAGUCAUUCCGCCGUAUCAUGGAGUGA